GCCUGUUGCUGUGCUGCUGUGACGGCUGUGACCCCUGCUAUCAAAACAUGGCGCUACGACUUGCUGCCAACCGUGCGUCUGUUCGCGCUCGCUCGAAGUGCGCGGAGUCUUUCAAGCUGAGCAGCGCCCUGCGCGCCACGCGUGUAGCAGGCCCCGCGGAACCACGAUUGUCGGGGGCUUCGGCGGCCGCUGAGCUUUCGACCUUCGAGCGCUCCAAGCCGCACGUAAACAUCGGCACCAUUGGACACGUUGACCACGGCAAGACCACGCUCACGGCGGCAAUCACCAAGGUGUUGUCCGACAAGGGCCUGUGCAAGGCGAGGUCCUACACCGAUAUCGACAACGCCCCGGAGGAGAAGGCACGCAAAAUCACCAUCAACACGGCCCAUGUUGAGUACGAGACCGCGAACCGGCACUACGCGCACGUGGACUGCCCCGGGCACGCCGACUAUGUUAAGAAUAUGAUUACUGGUGCCGCUCAGAUGGACGGGGGCAUCUUGGUGGUCUCGGUGACGGACGGACCAAUGCCGCAGACCCGGGAGCACAUCCUUCUUGCACACCAGGUUGGCGUGCCGGAGCUGGUGGUGUUCCUCAACAAGGUUGACCUUCUUUCCGAGGGGGACGCUGAGCUCCAGGAGUUGGUAGAGAUGGAGAUCCGAGAGCUGCUGUCGUUCUACAAGUUCGACGGCGAUGAUAUCCCAUUGGUGGCCGGCUCCGCGCUCGCCGCGGUGGAGGGUAGGGACAAGGAGGUCGGCGAGGACGCCAUCAUGGAGCUCAUGGCGGCCGUGGACGAGCACAUCCCCACCCCGACCAGAGCCCUGGACAAGCCGUUCCUGAUGCCCGUUGAGGACGUGUUCUCCAUCGCGGGGAGAGGCACCGUGGUGACGGGGAGGGUGGAGCAGGGGGUCGUCAAAGUGGGCGACGAGCUGGAAAUCUCCGGCAUCGGCUCUGUGGUGAAGACUACCUGUACGGGGGUGGAGAUGUUCAAGAAGUUGUUGGACCAGGGGCAGGCGGGGGACAACAUCGGCGCGCUGCUGCGAGGGCUGAAGAGAGAAGACGUACAGCGGGGGCAGGUCAUCCACAAGCCCAACAGCGUAUCGGUCCACAAGAAGUUCAAGGCGGAGGUUUACGUGCUCACCAAGGACGAGGGCGGAAGGCACACACCUUUCUUCUCCAACUACCGGCCGCAGUUCUUCGUGCGGACGGCUGAUGUGACCGGCUCCGUGCAGCUGCCGGAGGGGACCGAGAUGGUCAUGCCCGGCGACACCGUUAGCCUCACCAUCGACCUGAUCAGUCCAGUUGUGAUGCAAGAGGGGCUUCGGUUCGCCCUCCGCGAGGGGGGCAGGACAGUGGGUGCCGGAGUGGUGUCUUCCAUCGUCCAGUAGACCUAACGACCGGUAGAGUAUGGGUGCGUGUUUGCCCCGUUACCAAGGAGGCAACAAACUCGAAAAGCAAGCGGCGCCUGGAAGAGGGUUUAUUAUGGAUGAGGGAGGCGCUUCGACCUCAGAGGGUAGUCUUCCCACCACGAUGUAGAAUACUUAAAACUCUUUAUUCUACCCCGGGGCGUCGAUGUAGAUGGAUCGAGAGGAAGGGCACACCAGAUGCAGAGGCGAUUGUCAGCGAGUAACAUGACGCGGAAGGGGCACCGCUGAUUUAGAGUCGGAGCCACCCGUCCCCCCUGGUGUCGCCGGUAAUUUUGUCGUGACCGCGUGUGCCAUACACCCACAGCAUGUAUGUGUCGUAUCCGCUCUUGUGCGGUCGCCAAAGCAUCUCGCCGCGCGUUGGGUGUCUGUUCGCCGAGCAAUUCAGCGGUCGUGGCAUCGCCCGAGCGAUUGAAUCCUUUCGUCCACGGUUCUGUUGUGCAGCUUGCGUGGCGCUAAGUUAAGUUUUCCGGU